AUGGCGGGAGGAGUUUCACUCUCAUCAUCACUGCAUUUGAAGCUCAGAAGAAGAAGCUCUACAAUCGUUAGUGUGGCCAGUCCUGCCGAUACCCAAACUAGUUCUCGGGUCCAGCUCCCACAGAAGACAAGGAAUUCGAGGGUGUUGGUGCUCGGUGGAACGGGUCGGGUCGGAGGGUCCACUGCUAUUGCCCUCUCCAACCUCUGCCCCGACCUCCAAAUUAUCGUCGCUGGCCGAAACAGGGAAAAAGGUGCUGAUAUGCUGACUACUCUUGGGGGGAACUCGGAGUUCUGUGAAGUCGAUAUCAACAAUGAAAAAUCGUUGGAAGCUGCUCUAGAAGAUGCCGAUCUUGUAGUUCAUGCUGCCGGCCCAUUCCAACAGGCAGAGAAGUGCACUGUAUUGGAAGCUGCCUUAAAGACCAAGACAGCCUAUAUUGAUGUUUGUGAUGAUACAGCCUAUGCAUUCCGUGCGAAAUCUUUUCACGAUAGAGCAGUUGCAGCUAAUGUUCCAGCUAUAACAACUGGUGGAAUAUAUCCAGGAGUGAGCAAUGUGAUGGCUGCAGAACUAGUUCGUCUCGCAAGAAGUGAAAACAAAGGAAAACCAGAAAGGCUAAGGUUCUUCUACUACACAGCAGGUACUGGUGGGGCUGGUCCAACUAUCUUAGCUACUAGUUUUCUGCUUCUUGGAGAAGAGGUUGUUGCAUUUAAUAAAGGAGAAAAGAUCAAACUAAGGCCAUAUAGUGGAAUGCUGAAGAUUGACUUUGGGAAAGGCAUUGGAAAGAAAGAUGUUUAUCUAUUGAAUUUGCCAGAGGUAAGAAGUACUCACGAGAUCCUAGGAGUACCUACUGUCAGUGCCCGGUUCGGUACUGCCCCCUUCUUUUGGAAUUGGGCAAUGGAAGCCAUGACUGCUCUUCUUCCUGCAGAGUUGUUGAGAGACAGAAGCAAAGUCCAACAGAUGGUUAAAAUGUUUGACCCAGUAGUCAGAGCAGUUGAUGAGAUUGCUGGAGAGCGUGUAUCAAUGCGGGUUGAUUUGGACUGCUCUGGCGGGCGGAAUACAGUGAGUGUAUUCAGUCACAAGAAGCUUUCUGUAUCAGUUGGAACUGCAACAACUGCAUUUGUUCUGGCAGUUCUUGAGGGAAGCACAAAACCUGGGGUUUGGUUUCCGGAAGAGGCUGGAGGAAUUGCAAUUGAGGCAAGGGAAGUCCUGCUCAAACGUGCUGCACAAGGCACGAUAAAUUUUGUAACAAACAAGCCAGCAUGGAUGGUGGAGACAAAUCCGAAAGAGUUAGGGUUGGGAAUUUACGUGUAAUCCUCAAACAGUAGUCAGUAGUCACAGUAGAAGUUGAAGUUCUUCUUCAGCUUGUCCACCCUGUUCGAGAGACAGUAGUCGUUUUCAGAAG